UUACUUAUUUCAUAUUUACUUGUUGUAUUUAUACAAUACAAUAAUACAGUUGUAAAUUUCAAUAAUAAAAAAAAAUUGUUAGAAUUUAAAAAUAUGUUUCUAUUAAUGUUUAGAAUAACUCUGUUAUAUUUGACAAAUAAAAAUUAAUAUUCCAGAGAAUUAAUAAUUAAGAGGUUAUUGUCUAACAGGGAUAAUUUCUUUCAGAGGAAAAACAUUUCAUUAAAAAAAGAAAAUUCAGCCUAUCACAGAAAAUUUAGAAGGUAAUAAAAAAUGUGAUGUACAUAUCAAUAAAAAUUAUUGUUUUGAGCCCCUACGCUAUCAGACGCGGGCUAACGAUAGAUAAAUAUUGUUAAGGUUAGAACUAUCGAUAGCAUACUACAUUUUAACCGAAAAUUGCCAUAUUUUUCACACAUAUUUUCGAAUUCCAUAUCAAAGUUUGAGUAUUACAAUAUGUAACACAGAUAAACAUUGUUCCAUAGUCUAAGAAAAUGUCUAUCCAAUGUGGAGAUAUGAAGUGUAAAAUAUCGACGUUUAAAACCUCGAUUCUAAACCUGUUAUUUUCGGGUUAAUUUAAAUUCUUUCCUCACACUUAUAUUCAUUUAUUUAUUAUUAUUAUUUCUUUUAAGAUUGCUUUGAACUAGUAAGUAUGCAAUUUAUACUCGGCAUGAACAGUUAUUGUCGUCUUUGUCUUAGAGAAAAAGGUUCCUUAAAGUUGUUUGAAUCUGAUCUUUCUAAAUCUGUUGCUAUUAAACUCUUCAAGUGUUUUAAUUUUAAUAUUCAAAAAAAUGAAUCUCUAUCCAAGAAGAUAUGUUCUCAAUGUAAGAUACAAUUGGACAGUGCAUAUGAAUUCAAGGAAAAAUUGAUCGAAACAGAAAAUCUUUUGAAAAAUGCAAUUAAACAAACUGUCAACUCUAUGAAAGAAUUAUUCAUUAAUAGAAAUGAUGCAUCGCAAGAAGAUGAUAAAAUAACAGAUCCUGACAGUGAAACUUGUGAUUCAAUUAAUAAGUGUAGAGAAAUCAGUAAUUCAACUGUAGAGAAAAGUGAUAAUGUAUGUUCAGUGUGUUUUAAAAGUUUCAAAACUUUAUACCAGCUAAAAAGACAUAAAGUUGUGCAUACUAAAAGUAACAAUUAUACCUGUAAUGAAUGUGGAAAAUUGUUUUACCAAAAAUGUACCUUAGAAGUCCACCAGAGAGUACAUAGUGGUGAGAAACCAUUUUUAUGUAAUACGUGUGGAAAAUCUUUCAGGCAAUCUUCAGCACUCAAAAGACAUAUUUCAUGCCAUUUUGAUGAACGGCCGUAUAAAUGUAAAUUAUGUAAUAAAUCAUUCAAACUAAAAGAAGUACUUGCUUCACAUUUAAGAACACACGAAGAAAAUAAUUUUAUUUGUUCCACUUGUGGUAAAUGUUAUGCUAACCCAUCUUCUUUAUAUAAACAUUUAAAAAUACAUUCUGAAGGUAAAAGGCAUACUUGUACUCAUUGUCAAAAGCAAUUCACCAGAUCCGAUUUGCUUAAUGAGCACAUUAAAACUCAUACUGGUGAAAGACCAUUUGUAUGUGAUGUUGUUUGUGGUUCUCGCUUUAGUAGUAAGUCAACACUCAGGGCCCAUGUUAUGAUACACAAAAAUGAGAAACCAUUUCAGUGUCAUUAUUGUAGUAAAUUAUUUAGGCAAAUUGGCUCCUUAAAUCGACAUAUUAAGUGUCAUACUGGAUAAAUUCAUAUUUUAUAUUGGAUAUUUGAACUUCAAUCAAACAUUUUCCCUUGAAUUAAAAGAACAUUUAUGUUAAAUUUUUUUUUACUUUAAAUGCUAUGUGAGUUUGAUUUUUUGUUAAAUGUUUAUAAAUUAAUGUUUUCUUCAUACUUCCCUUUAUGUUCUGUAAAAUACUCCUUAAUUAACUAACCAAAAAAAUGGUUGGUAAUUAAUAGAAAAACGUUUCUAUGAAAUUAAGACCAUCUGUGGCUACUGAGGGUUGGCUAAUAUUAAACCAAUCAGUAAUCGUAUUUGAAUGACUGAAUGGUUAUUUGUAAAUAUAAAUUAAAGUAAAAAUAAAAUAUUUUUUAUAUCAAUUCUCCAUGUUUUUUUCUUUUAAUUUCUGUAAUCCCAUGUUGUUUAUUUAUAUAUUUUUAAUUUAUGUAAUCGAUACAAAAUUUCUUUAAUAACUUUAAUUCUAACGCUAAACUGAUAUUUUUUUAAUUACGGCUGCCGCAGGGCAGGGCAACUCAGGCAUACUCCUGGAGGCAUCACCUUGAAAGGGUGCCUGUCACUAGUUAGGCUGACCGGCCACCGAAAGCGCAGCUGAUUCAGCUUCCAAUACCGAAUCAAAGGUUUUAAUGACAGGCCCGAUGUGUAGUUGAGUGGCAUAGGAAGUUUCAGCUUUGGCUCAACCAAAGUUCGGUUUUGAAGCUACCUCAGCUUCCCCCACCACAGCCUCAUAACCAUGUGACUUUGUUCCUCAGUGUAAUCCCUUUUUCUCACUUGUUUUCACAGCACAACCUCUCAAAUUAUUUCAUUUUGGUUCAGUGUAAAAUAUUCAAUGGAUGUGGAGGAAUUCUUAAUCGGAUAUGUAAGGGAAAAUAUUUGAUUUUAAACACAAAUAUUUGAUUUUUUUUUUCAACUCUGACAUGAACUUUGCUUUUUUUCUUAAAUGUUAUAUAUGCAUUGUCUAAUUUAUAUAUUUUAAAACUAAAAUGGAAAUAUAUAGUUUGCACACUGUACUUAACUUAAACUGAUUUAGUUAUAUAUUCCUAUUUUUCUAUUUUUAAAGAAGAAAGAAGAAUUCACAACGAAAAGGCAGGGAAGAGCAUAGGAAGGAUGUAUGAUCAAUUUCGAGAGGCUUGCAUCACUGUAUUAUUAAGUUUUUUUUAAUAUCAGCUAGGUCUUAUCUAUAUUUAUGUCAUUUUACAGGACUUAAAUGCUCAAUUUUCAUAUAUGCUUUUCUCUAAAGUACCUUUAAUUUUUUUUUUUUUUUAAACUUAACUGUCUCUCGUUGUUAUGAAUUAUUAGAAAUGGUUAAACAUAACUUUUGGAAGAAUUUGAUAAUUGAAUAAAGGAGAAAAAAAAAAAAGAUAAACGCUUAUCCAUCUCGAAAAUGAAUCUCUGGAAAUAAUAUUCAGAUGGUAUAAAUAUAAUAUAUCGUUGAAAAGCAAAGAAUUUCAGAAAAAAGUAAUAUCUAAUUAAUAAAGUUGUUAAGGGAACACUGCCAUGUUCCCACUUUAUUAAAUUUGAAAAGCAGCACUGCUGCCAUCUCUUGGCAGGCUUUAGAAGCAACAAUGACUGAAUGGACAUGCAGAGGACCUGCUAAAUUCAUGUCCAUUAAGACUGGAGCAUAGCUGGCCGGCAAGAAAAUUACAUCUUACAGCCUUCAUAGGCGAGAUGGAGUAGGAACUCAAGAGGCUUAGCAAGGAGAGGGGAGGAAGAGGAACGCAGAAUAGAAGAAUGCAGCAAGUACAUUAAUUCAUUUUCAGCAACCACCCACCUAAUUCAUAGUUAAAAUAGUUGCAAUAGUCAUGCUAAAUUUAUUAACCCACUAAUUAAUUGUAAUAGACCUGGCUUAAUAAGUCAAAUUAUAAAAUAAAUAUAGCAACAAAUACAGCAAUCUUUUCCACCCAAUAGCUUAAUUAUAUAUUAAGCAGAUAUCUCAUAUACAGUCCACAGCAGUAAAAUAAAUGUACCGGCUACAAAAGCAGAAUUAUUAUGUUAAUAUCCCUGACAGCCGUGGAAGAGAAUGGCAUAAUAAAUCAGACAAAAGUAGAAGGUAACGGAGAGUUACGAAUAAAAUAUAAAUGAUAGUUUUUGAAAACAUAAAUCACAUGUUUCCAAGGAAAUGAAAUGAUAUUUUCUUACUAAAUGUAAACUUCUAAAAAUAUUUUUAAGUUUGAAAAAAAGUAUUUAAAACCCACGUAUUCAAGACAAUGACAUUGUUUAAAAUACUAUUUCAUUGUACGUGGGUGAAUUAAGAAGGGAAGUACAUAAAUAUUUCAUGGAUGUAUAAAGCAUAUGUUUAUAACCUUAAAUACAUUUAUUGUAGUUUAGUAAUUCUAGAUCUGAUAUUAUAUUUAAAUAAUUAGGCAUCAACGUCCCUUUAUUCCGAAAAUCGUCUUGUUAUCUUUUAGAAUAUUAAAUUAGUAAUUAAUGUGAUAAGCUUUCCCUUUGAGAUGUUAUUAUUAUCCACUUAAAAUUAGUGUGACAACUUUUGACCUAUUUAUUGCAGUCAAUAAAAAUCUCUUAAUUUCAUUUUAGUAAACUUUACACUGGAAAAUAACUAAUAGUCGUACUGUCCAUAAUCAUUUAUAGGUUGAAUAUACAGAUAUACUUUCAAAUAUCUACAGACAUAUAUAUUCUCAGGCUCAGAGACUGGAGCUGUGUGGUUUAUAAAACAGAUGGAGUAAUGAGGUUUUUAUUGCCUACCGUUAAUAUAAAUAAUACGGUUUUUGUUAUUUUAAUAGUGUUAAUGUUACUGUGUUAGCUGUAAUCUUUAAGCUUUAAUAGUUCCGUUAAAAGUGCACUUCAAAAAUUGUAUAGUUGCUCAACAUUGCCAGAAAAUAAUUUCUAUUCAAAGUAGAGAGAUAAGUGAAAGUGUGUGUUGCACACACCAGGUUUUUUUUAAUCUUCU